CUGUUUGAAGUAUAACACUAACAGUAACACAUUCAAUAGGAACUCAUAGUAUGUGAGAAUCAACAUCACACGAGAAGAAAUGAGUGGACAGAUUUGCAAGUAUUUCCUCUCGAAAGGCUGCAGGUACGGGGAUCGCUGCAGGUUCAUUCAUGAAUACCCAGAGGAAGAAUACGGCACUGAGUACGAGUCCAGGUACGCUUCCAGGAAUCCGUACGUUUACCUUUCGGACGACUAUCAACGUAGUGGUGCCAGGAGUGGCCCACAGCCGCAGAAAAACCUGAUCACAGAGAUUGUCGCCCAUUUGGCACAGGAGGUGAAGCAGAUCGAAAGGUCGGGUAUGUGGCCGUUGACUGUCAUCGGCUACGCCAACCAUGGCAACAUACCGGGAUGGAAGGAUUACUCCCCCGAAGAGAUCAGAUGGGCCAACUACCUCGCAGCGGGCAACGGCUCCUUGCAGAAAUUUAUGCAAGACUGGAUGUCGCUUUUGCGCAAAGCUGCUGAAAACAGGAAGAUGUUUACAUCACCGACAAAGCAGACAGUGGAAAUCGUAAAACAAAUGAUUGAUAAAAAAUUGAACACAGAGUCGUCAAACUCCAAGAACCAAACGUUCUCCACAACAUCUUCAUUCUCGAGUCCCAUUACGAACAUGCAGAGAGAUCCUGCACCAGGACUCUUCAGCCAAGUGCCCAAGCAGAAUCCGUCUUCCAGUUUCAACCAGCCGCUUUUCUCUAAAUUUUCAACUCCGCCGUCUCAAAGCUUCUUCGGUAAUUCAAACCAACCUGGAGGCUUUGGCCAGCCUAGCGGUUUUUCUUCAGUUUUUGCCAACCAGCCUAGUGUCUUCGGAAGCUCCAACAAUCCACCCAUUGAUGACCAACAGAUGCAAGAGUGUGAAUUCGAUGAGCCAAAACAAAACGUCGGUGCGUCGCAAUCUACAUUCGGCCAGCAGACGCUGAACAUAGAAAAAAACAUUUUUGGACAAGUCCCAAGCAUGAUCCCUUUCAGCAUGUCCACCACAUUUGAGAAUAAACCAGUACAAUCCAUUUUUUCCUCUUCAGUCAGUGAACAAUCUGAAACAUUCAAAAGUAAAAUCUAUUCUAAAAUGUCAGACUUGACAGAGGAAGAAAUCGAGCAAUUUAAAGCUCAAACUUUCACUUACCAAAAUGUACCUCUUAAGCCCCCUCCUAAGGAACUUUGUGUACCUUGAAAAUAUAUAUAUCUAAGAUAAUUAUUAUUGUGUAAAAAUAUGUUGAUAACUGAAAAGGUGAUAUUAAUAU